ACGAAACGUUCAGGACUCCCCCACAAGUCGGGAGUGGAUAUUUUGAGCGUGUGGUUCGUGUUGCAGCAGCAGCAGCGCCGCCAGAAGAAGCUGCGUCUUCUCCUCGGGUCUCUGCGCCGCGCGGAGUGACGAGCGCGAGGAGGAGGGAGCCGCGAACUGCCUGCGCGUGGAGUUGCAGAAGCUCAGAGGAGGAUAACGGGCAGGGAAAGCCGGGAGGCUUCUUCUUUCUCUUUGAUUUUUACUGCAUAUUUAAUCAUUUUAUCACUGUCCGACUGCCUCCGGUACCGGCUGGACGGUUUGCCAGAUGGCUAGCUCCGCUGCGUGUGGAAAUUUCCCGAGUGGUGCUCCGCCGCAGGAGCGGAGCCAUCCGGCUGCAGCCUGCCAGGAGGCACAGAAAUGGAUCGAGGCUGUAACAGGGAAGAGCUUUGGAGACAAGGACUUCCGCAGUGCACUGGAGAACGGCAUCCUGUUUUGCGAGCUGCUGAGUGCAAUCAAACCAGGGCUAGUCAAAAAGAUUAACAGACUUCCCACUCCAAUUGCCGGGCUGGACAACCUGUCAGUCUUCCUGCGGGGCUGCGAGGAGUUGGGCCUGAAGGGCUCCCAGCUGUUUGACCCGGGAGAUUUACAAGACACUUCAAUAUGUGCUAACCUCAGGGCCUCUGACUGCAGUCGCAAACUGAAAAAUGUGCUGAACACGGUGUUUUGGCUUGGGAAGGCUGCCAGCGGGUGUGCCUCCUAUAGUGGUCCUACACUCAACCUCAGGGAGUUUGAAGGGCUUCUUGCUCUUAUGAAGGUGGAGAGUGAGGAGAGUGGGGACAGUCCUCAGCAGCGCAGCGUCAGAGACAGUGGUUAUGACUGCUGGGACUCUGAGCGGAGUGAAUCUCUUUCUCCACCACAGCACACUCGGGACAACUCCCUGGACAGCCUGGAUUCUUUUGGCUCUCGCUCACAGCAAAGUCCUUCUCCUGAUGUAGUGAACCGAGGCAACAGUGAUGGGCGAUGCAGUGACUCAGAGGCUGAUGCAUCCAGCAGGAAGCCAGAUGUGAGGAAGGAUGACAUGUUGGCCAGAAGGACUGCCAGCAGUGAAUCGAGAUGCUCCAUCCCUUUUAACCAGUUUCUUCCUAACCGAACCAACGCCAACUCCUACAUCUCUGUUCCGCGGCGAAAACAGCACACAGAAGAGAUCGAGCAAAGGAGUCACCCUCGAACUGCUCAAGAGCAAAGCAAAAGAAGUGGACUGCACCACAAAACACCCAAGAGCGUCACUUGGGCGCCUGAGAGCCAUGGUGAAAAAGUGAAGCAGGUAGAGGACAUGGAAGUGUUGGAACAGAGGAGACUGCAGAAGUUGGAAAAGGCAGGAAUUAAAGUACUUCCUGCUGCCGUUCGCUACAUCAGCCCCCCCAUAUCCGAGGAAGAAGAAGUGAAGCCAGCAUCCCCGAGCGUUGUCCUUCGCUCGGAAAACGACUUUUUAAGUUCUCGUAAAUUUGCGUGGGACUCGCCGUCUGACGGGGAGGAGGAAACCGAGAAACGGACCGUUCCAGAUCUUCUUAAGGACGACCUGGCGUCGCGACGAGUCCAUCACGCUCCCGUCGUUUCCAAGGUUCAUCAGUUUCUUCCUCCUGUUUGUACCAACAAAGACCGUGAGCGCUGGGAGGACAUCAGACGAGCCUCGCAACGAACUCUGCAGGAGAAGGACUUCAGUGACAAGGAAGCGGUCCUUGACAUCAUAACUCGCAAAGGUAAUCUCUUAAAGGAGGAGGAGGGAGAAGAGGGAAAGGAUAAGGUGGUGCCCAAUAAGCAAAAGGAUGAUCUGGCUCGUAGGCGGGCUCAGAGCGCAAAGCUCCCUCACAAGGAUGGACCAGUGAGCUUUGUUUCAUCCUCCAUGAGCCCGGCUGACAUGCAGAAGUGGGAGAGACUCAAGAUGACUGAACCAAGUGAGGAUAAGCCCGUCUCUGUGUGUCAGGCUUGUCUGCAGAGAAAUUUUAGGAGCCCUUUCAGCGGAGCAGCUCGACGAGGUUACAGCAAAGUUGUGACCUUUGGGGGCGUGACUGAGAUCGUGCAGCCUGUAGACAAAGUCACGUCAAGUGAAUGGGAGGAGACAGAGUUGCUUAGACGACUCCUUUCCAAGGCAACAGUAGCCAUGCCUACUAUUGGCCUGGGCUCCCAGCUUUCUGAGCGGGGACACAGCAGCCUCAUAGAUGAAGCAGGUCCUAGUCAAAGUUCCUCUCCCUCUGUGGACCUCCAGCCCUGGACCCUCAAGGCCCCUGCUUCUGUCGCUGAGCUUGAUGCCCGUCUCACUCAGUAUGAACAGAGAAUAGGAACAGAGGAGGAAGAGGAGGAGGAGGAGAGAAUUCCAGAUCUUCAGAAAGAUGACAUGAUGGCAAGGAGGACAGGAGUUUUCCAAAAACAAACAUCUGCUGUUGUGAGUCCCAACCGUUUCCUGCCUCUGCCCGGUUCAAAGCGUUGCACACAGGGAGAGAGCCCAGGUGCUGCUCCAUGUAGCACAAACGACGUGCAGGCUGAGAGAAACAAGGUGCCGAGUGUCAGAGCUCUCAGGGAAACACUUCAGCAACCUGAGUUGACAGAGAUCCGAGCAACACCUCACACGGAAGACGAAAAAGAGGACGGCGAGGACGAGUAUGGUGAAAAUGAGCCCGUGCCUGACCUGGAGAAAGAUGACAUGAUGGCUCGAAGGACCAGAAGCUUCCAAAAAGCAAGUGAGGUCAGAGCAAAUCAGUGCUUCAGUCGGUUCCUGCCUGUACCUGGGUCAGUCAAAUCCGACAUAAACCCAGAGUCUGCAGCGCCGCAGCCCCGCAGCUGGUCCAGAGCCAGCGCCAACAGAGACAGCAGCGUUGUUACCAUGGCAGCAGAGCAUCACUCUCCACCCCCUAAAGUCUUGUCCAGCCCCACGUGUCCCGUGCUAAGUGCGAGGCAGGAGGAGGAAGAGCGAGAAAAGGGAGAAACGAUGAAGGUCGCUGACCUCACUGUCAGCGGAGUCUCUGAACCCCCCUGCUCUGCUCCACUCGUUUCUCCGCCCAGGCCUCUUCCUGCUCAGAUCUGUAGGGUGGAGGCAAAGCUGGACAGUCGGAGAGUAAAGGAGAAAACUGAGAGGGAGGCGAGAACAGAGGAUGUGAAUGUGAAGCCACAAAAGAAACCCUUUUGGCUGGAGGACGAUCUACCUCCAAUGAUGGUGAGCCGACGAGUUGCUUUUCAGGUAGACGACGAGAGUGUGAGUAUGGACGACAUGGGUAACGAGGAAGAGGUGGGACACUUACCGUCCCUGAGCCAGACCCGAUAUGAGCGCAUGCACGAGCAGUACAACAGCUUUCUGGAAGAGGAGGACCACUGGCAGAAUGACCUGGCUCGCUGGAAGAACCGCCGCCGCAGCGCAUCGCAGGAGUUGAUCAAAAAAGAGGAGGAGAGGAAGAGAAUGGAGAAAAAGAUGAAGGAUGAAGGGAGUGAUGGCAAUAAGAGGAAGAGCAUUAAGACCUACAAAGAGAUUGUGGAGGAAAAGGAGCGCAGAGAAGCUGAGCUGUGUAAAGCCUACAGGAACGCAUCAACUCCGGAGGAAGCAGCACUGGUUUUACAGCGUUACGCUCUCCGCUUCACCAUUAGUGACGCAACCCUUGACAGCCUCAAACUGCCCAGGUCCACCUCAAAACCCAAACAGGACCCAAACCAGGCAGAGCAGGAGCACAAUCUCACCUCGGCUGAUAACAGCUCGGAGGUGCUGGAACACCUGCACACACCUGAUUCAGCUGUUACAAUUAACCAGAAACACACCAAACUGGAAGACAUGACGACAAAUCCAACCCAUGAAUCAGAGAAAUCCAGUGCCAGCUCCACACCAGUCAGUCCCCUUUUGGUGGAAACAAACUCAGUAAAUAUGCCUCCUGAGUCGAUGCAUCAGGAAAUUCAGCUGACAAUGUCGUCACCUGUACAACAAGCAGCUACAAAAGAUGCACAACCCCAGAUCAAAGACCCCUCACCUCAGAAGGCACAAGCACAGCUGGAACCUGAACAUACCAUCCCCUUCCCUCCAUCUGCACCCUCUAGACCCCUGCCCUUGCUGGUAGCCAAGCCCUACUGCCAACCCAGGAGCACACCCUCUGGACACAAACCAGUCAAGCUGGACGGGUUGGUGCGGGUAAUGGGCGAGACGACAGAGAAUUUCCCUUCACCUCAGGACACACUGCAGGAAAACAAAGAUGUUUCCUCCGACCAGACGGAGAAAAAUGCUCCUGCUGAGGAAGCUGUGGAAAAUCCAAACACAACAGAGCAGCCAGCACCUCUGCAACCAGAGAAGUCAACAUCGUUUUCAGGCUCUGCCAUCAGCUCGCUGAUCGGAGGCCGCAACUGUAUCAUCACAACAACUAUUGUGACUGAACUCACUCAGACCCGCAUAGAGCCACUUCAUCUAGACCUCCAGAGCAAAGGACAGGAUGGAAAAGCCGGUUUGUUUGAUAGACCAUCGGAGGAGAUAAGUGCUCAGCCUGCUCCAUCACCCAGCAGUAAUGAAGAAUGUUCUCCCACUGUCACAGAAGGACUCGAGGAGAGCAGCGUGACCAUUGAGACCCCCAUGUUAAACUUGGCUAAACGUGUUAAUCACUGGGUCUGGGACCCCGAUGAGGAGCGUAAACGCGUGGAAAGGUGGCAACAGGAACAGGAACGCCUCCUCCAGGAACAAUACCAGAGAGAGCAGGAGAAGCUGAAGAAAGAGUGGGAGAAGGCACAGCUGGAGGUGGAGGAGGAGGAGAGGAAACACAACGAAGAGGAGAGACGAAUUCUUGAGGAGACUGUCACCCCCCUCAGUCCGUCUGGCUUGGCGCACCAGCAGUCAGGACACACGAGGACAGCUUCAUCUGGAAACGACAACACGGGGGGAGACAUGUCUCUGCAGCAAAAUGGUCAGAAAGUGUCAGCAGGCAGCGAGGAUCAGCACGCGUCUAAACUACAUUUUUUUCAGGAUUCUUCUUGUGAAGGAGAACCUUCAAAAAAACAGGAACUGUGGAAAACAGCAUCUCUGGACCGCAAUCCACAGCUGACCCAUACGGACAGUGUUAAAAGAUCGGAGUCGCACGAUGCUGUGACAAGCAAACAGCCCUCCUCCCCUCCAACUCCCCAGCCUCCGUCACCCAGCAGGUGUGUUAGCGGGAGGCGGCUGUGUUCGGGCUGUGCUAAGCCUCUGGGGAAAGGAGCUGCUAUGAUCAUCGACACACUGGGCCUGUUCUUCCACAUACAGUGUUUUAAGUGUGGAUCUUGCAGCAGGCAGAUGGGUGAUGCUACUGCAGGGACUGAUGUACGGAUUCGCAACGGGCAGCUGAGCUGUUAUGAGUGCUACAUCGCAUCUCGGGGUAGAGGUCAGCCCACUACUCUAUGAUUACCUCUAUUUUGGAACUGGAACGUCACCAUUUGAAGCGUUGUUUUGGACAAAGUAAAUGAUGUGAGAUCACCAAGUCACAUUCUAGACAAAGCCUGGAAUCCUCCGUUUUUUGGACCUUUUUUUUUUUCCUUUCUGAAAUGCACCAACAGCUCAUUUGGCUGUUUUCAACAGAGAAACUGGAUGGACAAGUCAACUGAACUGCAAAGUACUACUGAUGUACUUUCUUA